CUGAUCUUUCCAUGCAUGUUGCAUUUAAACAUACCAACCACUCAGACCCAGAGGAGCUACAAAGAAAAGAAUUGGAUCUGCCUUAUUUAUAUGCAGACAUAGAUUUUGGUGCAGAAGCUGUUUUAUUUUUCAUGGGGAAGGCAGGAGCAAGCUCUUGGCUGACUGCAGUGAAAAGGGCUUUCAGGUCUCCAACGAAAGAAAACGAUAAGAGAAGCAGUAGCAGGAGAAGAGAAGAACACGAACAGCAGGAGGAGGAGGAAAAGAAGAGGGGAAAGCGACGAUGGAUUUUUAGGAAGCCUUUUAGUCAAGAACCAGAAGUCUCUCAGGUUUUUGAGGAGAGAACUACAACCACCGUCGCUGAUAUUACAGCAACAAGUAGUAAUGUUUCUGAGGCAGCUGAUGAUGAUCCGCAAAGACACGCCAUUGCAGUAGCCAUGGCAACUACGGCAGCUGCUCAGGCAGCCGUAGCAUCUGCUCAGGCAGCCGUGGAGGCUGUUCGGCUUGCAAAGCCGUCCAUCUUUGUCAGACGCCAUCAUGCUGCCACGACUAUUCAAGCGGCCUUCAGAGGUUAUCUGGCGAGAAGAGCACUAAGGGCACUUAAGGGGUUAGUGAAGCUGCAGGCAUUAGUGAGAGGUCAUAAUGUCCGCAAAAGAGCAAAAUUCAAUCUUCAGUGCAUGCAAGCCCUUGUUCGAGUUCAAUCUCGGCUGUGUGAACAGAGAGCAAAGAGGAUUUCUAAUCACGGAAGCACUGAUUCCAGACUAAGUGAUUCCUCUAAUAUCACCUCUAGAGAUGAUGAAGCCCAAAAAGUUGACAGGAUUCGAGCAGCUCUAAAGAAAACGAAAGAAGUUGCCUCAAAACGGGAAGAGGCUCUGGCUGAUGCUUUCUCUCAGCAGAUAUGGAGAACUUGCGGGGACCCCAUCAGCGCCAGUGAGGGAGAGGCUGAGGAAAUCUCUAGAUGGUCUGAUCAAUGGAUAGGAAGAAGAAGAAGAAGCUUGAACAGAGAGACUACAGGGAGAGCUUCGUGUGAUCGAAGAGACCCUAUCAAAAUAGUUGAAAUAGACACCUUUAGACCCUACUCCAACACAGUACCCACCGAUACCACCACGAGAUCAUCAUCAUCUUGUGGUUAUUGUAAGCCUCAGCUCGAUUCUCCGCUCAGAACCCAUACCUUUCCUUUGUCUUCACCAUUGCAUAAAGCCCACUGUGAUGCCUCUUUCCAGCCUCAACUAGUCACACCAUCACAGAGAAAGAUGAAGCAGCAUCUUCAGGUGCAUUCAGCUAGUCCUCGUUGCGCCACCAAAUCCAUAUAUUCAAUGCAUGAUGUUUCAGGGCCCACUUCAGCGCCUAACUAUAUGGCUGCCACAGCAUCUGCGAGGGCUCGGCUUCGGUCAAUGAGUGCACCCAGGCAGAGGACUUCAAGCCUGCAAAAGUAGCAUAACUAUAACACUCGACAUCUUUGGUCAAAUAUUUGAUUAAGAUAGUAUUUUGUGUCCAACAUUGUUUAGCUCAAAUUGUAGAACCUUGAGCAGAUAGCUACAGAUGAGUGAUCUCAAUCUAACAAGAGAGAAAAAUGUUCUUACUUAAUUAACCAGCAUUAGCCUGCCUGAAAUGGCAUCACAUCGUCCAACACUUAAAGCAAUUAGGAUGAAGGGUGGCAACAAUUAAUGUGGUGAUACAAAGGAGGAUGCUCUGUUCUUCUGCAUGUAGAUGCAUUUAGCGACUGAAAAAGAGGAUGGUCAAUAGAAGCUUUUUAGGUGAGGUGGUUUUUUUUUAAAAAAAUUUUCUUAUCUUAUUAAUUGAGGUGGGGUAUUUUUGUGUUAGCA